UUGAAAGAGUAAAUAUAUUGGAUACUGAAUUUAAAAUAAGUCAGUUCGCAAAUGACACAGUAAUAUUCUUGAGAAUAAAUCAAUACUCGAGAAAGCUUUGAAUGUAAUUUAAUUUUUUUCUAAAGCAUCAGGUUUGUGUCUGAAUCGAAAGAAGUGUGAACUUUUGCCACUUUAUGAUUGUUUGGAAAAUAGCAUGAGGAUGAUUCCUGUGAAAAAUGAAGUUAAAUAUUUAGGCAUUUAUUUAAAUAAAGACAUCAAAAUUAGAGAGUCAAAAAACCUGAAAGACAAAAUUGAUGCUAUGUCCAAAACACUAAAUCAUUGGUUAACGAGACACAUUUCAAUGUUUGGAUACAAUUUAUUAUCAAAAUCAGAGGGUGUCUCAAAGAUGGUUUACCCAGCUUAUUCAUUAUAAAUUACCCCGCAUAGUAUUAAAAAGAUUAACUCCGUAAUCUAUCGAUUCAUUUGGCAUAAUAAAACACAUUACAUUAAAAAAUCACAACUGGUCAAAGAAUACACCAAAGGAGGUAUAAGGACCAUUGAUUUUCAAUCAAUGGUUGGAGUAUUUAAAAUAAACUGGUUAAAAGUCUUUCUAUUAAAGCCGGACUCCGUAUGGUUUCAUCCCCCAAAAAUAUUUUCAGAAAGGUGGGAGGGUUGGAUUUUCUCCUGAAAUGUGAUUUUGAUACAUCGAAGUUGCCUGUCAAACUGUCAGAAUACCAUAAGCAGGUCUUGUCUUAUUGGAAGAUGGGUUUUGCCCAUAACUUCACGCCCCAUGGCUCCACCUUGUGGAAUAACAGGACCAUUACAAUUAAUAGGAAGUCAUUAUUCAUUAAGGAGUGGUAUCAAAAAAAGAUAAUUUUUAUAACAGAUUUACUUGAUGAGAAGGGGCAGUUUCUCGCAUUAGGUGUUUUUAAAGUCAAGUUUAACAUUGAGUGUUCCCUUAGAGAAUAUAACAGUCCUUCUACCUCUGCUGAAUUUGAUGCAAAAUCAUUUCCAUUACUCUAACGGACAAAUAAGUUUACCUUCUUUACAGUUAAAUCAGAUUCCUUUAAUCAAUAAAAAGUGUGGUAAUAAAACCAUAAAUAAAAUGUUUAAAAAUAUAUUAUUUCACGAUUUUAACAAAAACACAAAAUUAAAAGGGUGUAAUAUUAAAAUAACAAAAAAAACAACACAUUUUUUGAAAUGGCCUAUCCCACCCAAAGUUAAAGAAAUGCAAUUUAAAAUAAUUAAUGGGUAUUACCCAGCAGUAGAAACGAAACGAAACAAACAAAAAAAAAAAAAAAAAAAAAAAAAAACUGAGGGAAACAAGCCCCUGGUCCCUCCACACGGCGCCGGGUUAUAGCUGUCCGUAAAUGUAGCCUGAUGAAAAAGCCCGAAACUUUGUUAGCAAAGUGCGGCUCGAGUUAACGCCGAGGUUGCUUUGGUAUUUAAACCACCCAGGGUGUUUAUUAGUAAUAUGUAGGCUUUGACUUUCUGAUUUGUUUUCUUGUUGUACCGGCAUCGUUGCGUUUACGUGUUCGUAGAUCUGCAGGCAUCUCCUCAGCUGCUCGGGGAGUUGUGCAGCCAUAUUGGCUCAAAAGUAAUAAUCUUGGCACAGAGAAGUGGAGUCAGCAGCUGAGAUGAUCCACAGCCUGUUCCUCAUUAAUCACUUGGGAGACAUCUUCCUGGAGAAACACUGGAAGAGUGUCAUCAGCCGAAGUGUGUGCGAUUACUUCUUCGAGGCAAGGGAGAAAGCAGUGGAUCCAGAGAAUGUGCCCCCUGUCCUGCAGACCCCACACCACUAUCUCAUCUCCAUAUACAGGGGAAAACUCUUCUUCCUCUCUGUCAUCCAGACUGAGGUCCCCCCACUGUUUGUCAUCGAGUUCCUGCACAGAGUGGCGGACACAUUUCAGGACUACUUUGGAGAGUGCUCUGAAAGUGUGAUCACUGACAACCUGGUGAUCGUUUAUGAGCUGUUGGAGGAGAUGCUGGACAAUGGAUUUCCACUAGCAACAGAGUCCAACGUCCUCAAGGAGAUGAUCAGGCCUCCCAACAUCCUGCGAUCAGUCGUCAACACGCUAACAGGAGGUAGUAAUGUUGGAGAAACGUUGCCACAAGGUCAGCUGUCCAACAUCCCAUGGAGGCGGGCUGGUGUCAAAUACGCCAAUAAUGAGGCGUAUUUUGAUGUGACAGAAGAAAUAGAUGCUAUUGUGGACAAAUCCGGUACGACAGUAUCUGCAGAGAUCCAGGGUGUAAUUGAAGCCUGUGUGAAACUCAGUGGGAUGCCUGACCUGACGAUGUCCUUUAUGAAUCCUCGGCUUCUUGAUGACGUGAGUUUCCACCCAUGCGUGCGGUUCAGGCGCUGGGAGUCGGAGCGUGUCCUGUCGUUCAUCCCACCGGAUGGAAACUUCACGCUCAUGACUUAUCACAUCAGCUCUCAAAAUCUUGUAGCCAUUCCAGUGUAUGUGAAGCAGAGCAUCAAUUUCUUCGAGGCAGGAUCUUGCGGUCGCCUCGACAUCACCAUUGGACCCAAGCAGACUAUGGGAAAGACAGUGGAGGACCUGAAAGUCACUAUUCACAUGCCUAAGGCUGUGCUUAAUGCCAACCUCACAGCCACACAGGGAAACUAUACCUACGACUGCACUACAAAGAUGUUGGUUUGGGACAUCGGUAAGCUUAACCCCCAGAAGCUUCCCAACUUGCGAGGCAGUCUGAGUAUGCAGACAGGAGUGCCUAACCCUGAAGAGAACCCCUCACUCAAUAUUGACCUAAAGAUCCAGCAGCUGGCCAUAUCAGGUCUUAAAGUGAGCCGUCUCGACAUGUACGGAGAGAAGUACAAGCCAUUUAAAGGUGUCAAAUAUGUGACUAAAGCGGGCAAAUUCCAAGUGAGGACCUGAGCAGUUACUGUCAGAGGUCAGCAAUCCAACAUGCCAAAUAGAAGCAAGUUUGCUGCACCGCUGACUCACCUCUCCAAUAAGUCUUACAUAUCCACCUGCUCAUUGUAAUUAAUGAACAAUUCUGCAUUUUUUUUAGGUUAUUUAUUUUGUUUAGCAUCACAUUUGUAUGUUUUUGCGGUUUUUGCGGCUUGUAAAGGGAAACCUUAAUAAUCAGCGUGACUUAAUUGAAGUGCUAUUAGUGCAGGGGUGGGCAAUUCCAGGCCCCGAGGGCCGGUGUCCCUGCAGGUUUUAGAUCUCACCUUGGGUCAACACACCUGAAUCACAUGAUUAGUUCGUUACCAGGCCUCUGGAGAACAUCAGGACAUGUUGAGGAGAUAAUUUAGCCAUUUAAAUCAGCUGUGUUGGUUCAAGGACACAUGUAAAACCUGCAGGGACACCGGCCCUCGGUGCCCACCCCUGUAUUAGUUUCUAUCCAGUUUGAAUGUGACUCAUUCCUUUCUUUCUUUUAAUUUUUUUUUAAUCCAACACAUUGUGUGUGUUGCCUAAGGGGAAUAUUUUGGUUUGAAAAAGGACAUUUACAGCUCACUGCCACACUCACCACUACAUCACUGCACCUAAAUUAAGUUGCCUGCAUGUUGCCUGAGAAUAAACCGACCUGCCUUUGAAAACUUUUUUUUUUUCUUUUUUGGUUAGUCAGUUUUAUAAAGAUAGAUAUUUUUAUUUUUGAAAGAUAAAAACUCUUUAUCUACUUUCUGAGCAGCUGCAGUGUCUUCACGCCCUGCUGGUGUUUUGCACUCCCUCUCUUAUGUGGCCUUUUUGGAGGAGCUUCUGAUGCUUCUUAUAGCACGAGCUAUAGCACAAAACUUCAUGUUUUGAAUGCCAGAGGAAAUUUAAAAAAAAUGUAUAUCCUCUAUUCAAGUGUGGUGAAGACUUGUAUGGUGGUCAUCAUUUGAUGAUCAGUGACUCAGACGGGUUAUCGGGAACACUUCUGUCUGAAGUCCACAAGAUCCUCAAAUAACCUCAAUUGCAGCUUCUUUACUCAGCACAGCAUUUGCACAAUCAAUUGUUCAUGUGGGAAAUACUACUUAAAGCUCUUGUAUGAAGUUGAAUCUGUAUUUCAGUUUAUAAGAUGUCUUAUAAAAACUUCAAAAUGAAA